UCCGCGCCAUUUUCAACUGUAGUUUUAUCUUGGAUUCUUCAAUCAUGCAUCAUCAAGAUGGCUAUGGAAAAGCUGUUCUUGCCCAUUUCCUGGCUGCAACCGCCAUUGGACUCAUCUCAGCUGCAACCUUGUAUUUUAGGCGAAGAAAGUCAAAAUCUUCAUCCUCCGAAGAUCAUCGCCUGAAUAAAUUUCUUGCUCCAUUUUUAGACAGAACUGAGUCCGGCCGUGUUGGAAAGCUUGAAAAAUUUUCAGAUUAUGUUGCUAGGCAAAUUGGGUUUAAAGAUGGAAGUGAAUGCCCUCAGUUGAGCAAGUUGGCUUAUCAGUACUUGAAAAGAUCCAACGGGUGUCAUGAUAGGAUUUAUGAGUAUUUUGCUAAUGAAGCAGAUGCAGAUUCUUUGUAUGUCAAGUUGGUCGAAGAAUUUGAGAGGUGCAUUCUUUCUUAUUUUGCAUUUUACUGGAGUCAUGCUUCAUUCAUGAUCACUCAGGUAUUAAGUGUGGAUUCUGAGCAGAAAAAGCUCAAGGACUUUGUAAUGGCUGCAACAAGAAAGCAGAGAUUUGAAAAGGUCACCAGGGACCUGAAGGUGGCGAGAGUUUUCUCUACGCUGGUGGAGGAGAUGAAAGCAAUUGGACAGACAAAUGGGGAAUCAAAAUGUACAGAAGUCAUGGUUCCCGUAGCUCACAGUGAAAGAAGUCCAGUACUUCUCUUUAUGGGUGGUGGAAUGGGAGCUGGCAAGAGCACCGUCCUGAAACAGAUUCUCAAAGAAUCAUUUUGGUCUGGAGCUGCAGCAAAUGCAGUGGUGGUAGAGGCAGAUGCUUUCAAGGAGACAGAUGUCAUCUAUAAAGCACUUAGUUCCAGAGGUCACCAUGACAUGCUUCAAACUGCUGAAUUGGUGCAUCAAUCUUCCACUGAUGCUGCAUCUUCCCUCCUAGUAACUGCACUUAAUGAAGGGCGUGACGUGAUAAUGGAUGGUACCCUAUCAUGGGAGCCCUUUGUGGAACAGACAAUUGCAAUGGUGCGAAAUGUUCAUAAACAUCGCUACCGCAUGGGUGUGGGGUACAAGGUUGCAGAUGAUGGUACAGUCACCGAAAAUUAUUGGGAACAGAUUGAAGAACAAGGAGAAGUAGCUCAGAUCAGGAAACCAUACAGAAUAGAGUUGGUUGGAGUUGUUUGUGAUGCUUAUCUAGCUGUUGUAAGAGGCAUCAGGAGAGCAGUACAGACAGGAAGGGCAGUGAGGGUAAAGCCACAGCUGAAAUCACACAAGAGAUUCGCAAAUGCCUUUCCUAGAUACUGCCCACUGGUGGAUAAUGCAAGGCUCUAUUGCACAAAUGACACGAGUGGACAUCCCAAGUUAAUAGCAUGGAAAGAUGGAGAUAGCAAACUUUUGAUAGACCCUGAAGACAUCAAUUGUCUGAAGGUGGUUGGCAGCCUGAAUGAUGAAGCAGAGUCCAUAUAUGAGCUUCACAAAGAAUCUGACCCGAUCUUGAAGCCAGGUUCAAUUUGGAAUGACGUAGUUUUGUUGCCCAGAAGGAAAACUAUCAACCAGGAGCUGAGAACUGUCAUUGCCAAAAUCGAAGUUCCAGCAAUAUAGAUAGACUCUCUUCUUUGGGUCGUCGUAAGUUCUAUGGUUUGUUACAGAUCAACAAGAAGCUGUGGUUAAAAUAUUCUCCACCAUCAUCACUUUGUAACAAGCUUUUCUCGGCACUGGUGGAAUGCUGCAAGUCUCGUACAAAUGCCA